AUGGAUAUUGAGCCUGAUAAUGAUGGUGGUGAUUCUGAUUAUAAUGGUGAAUCUCGUUGUAGUGGUUUUCGUCCCGGUGCUGGUCGUAAAAGGAAAACAUUGUCAUCAUCAAUUCAGAUGAUGGUAAAUGAAAGAAGACAACGAGCUGUACGUCGACAAGAAAUAUCAAAAUAUAAAGCUCAAUUAAGACAAUGGAUAAAUGAUAUUAAAUGGUCACAUCAAGGUGUUCCAUCAACUUAUUGUGAUAAUACAACUGCUUUAUUAGUUAUAUUUAAUCUUAUGUUAGAAAAUGUUGAUUUAACACAAACAGAAGCUGUUGCUAAAGCUGAUACAAAAGGUGGUUCAUUAGGUAAUCAAUCAACAGAAUUAUUUAUGUCUUUACCUCAUUUCAUUAUAACUACUAUUAUGGAUCGUCGUGCUGAAGAACAUGGUAUUACUAGUGAUGGUCUUCUACAUGAAAUUGAUUCAUCAACAAAUAAAACAAUUUCUGCCGAAUUGAUUUAUGAAGCUAAGAAUCCUUUUGGUGAUUAUCAGUUUAACAUGGAUGGUUAUAAUUUUCGCCUAUGGGUUGAUCAACAUUUAUUUUCUGUAUUUGAAGCAAAAUAUGGUUAUGAUAAAAGAAUGAUUCUCGUAUUGGAUAAUGCUCCAUAUCAUAAAGAACAAGGUGAAGGUUAUGUCAAUAUAAAAUCAAUGUCAAAGAUCGACAUGAUUAAUCUUGUUCUCUCUAAAAAGGUACACAGUAUAGUAAUCAUUCGAAAUGGGCAAGCAAAAAUGUUUGAAGCUGGUGAAUGGCACAUGAAUGGUCCAUCCGGUCCUUAUAAAGAAGAAUUACAAGUGUUUAUGGAAAGAUCGAUCAAACAAUACCCGGAUCUUCAAAAGACAUUACUAGAGAAAUUAUUCGAACAUAAAUCAUUACCUGUAAAACCUAGUGUACCUGAUUUCCAUUAUUUUGUAUUAAUCCCACCAUAUACUCCUCAGCUUCAAACAAUUGAAUGGAUCUGGUCGUAUGUUAAAGGUUAUGCUGCUAAACAAUUCAUGCCAUGCAGAACUGUUCAGCAAUUAAUUGAACAAACAAGGGCAGGUUUCUAUGGUGAUGAUGGUGAACAUGACGGAAUAUCGACAGAAAUGGUCAGAAAUAUGAUUGCGCAUGCUCAUAAAUAUUGUGAUCUGCUUAUUGACGACAAUCCCCUCUUAGAAAGAUCUAUAAAUAAUCUAAAGAAUGUGAAGAAUUAUGAAGGAGCUUAUGAAGAAGAAGAAAAUGAAGAUGAAGCUGAUGAUAUCAAUAUCGAAAUAGAUGAUAACAUUGAAUAA